CGCUGUGCCUUGCAGGGCGGCGAUGUCCGGGUUCGACAGCUUCAACACCGAGUUCUUCCAGACCAGCUACAGCAUCGAGGACCAGGCACAGCCCUACGAGUACAGCGGGAGGCCCUACAGCAAGCAGUAUGGAGGCUACGAGUACUCGCAGCAGGGAGGGUUCGUCCCCCCUGACAUGAUGCAGCAGCAGCCCUACACGGGGCAGAUCUACCAGCCAGCACAGACCUACACUCCUGCCUCAGCACAGUCUUUUUAUGGGAGCAAUUUUGAGGAUGAGCCUCCUCUACUAGAAGAACUGGGGAUCAACUUUGACCACAUCUGGCAGAAGACGCUGACGGUGCUGCACCCUUUGAAGGUGGCUGAUGGGAGCAUCAUGAACGAGACAGAUUUGGCUGGGCCCAUGGUGUUCUGCCUGGCCUUUGGAGCCACCUUACUGCUGGCCGGGAAGAUCCAGUUCGGUUACGUGUACGGGAUCAGUGCCAUCGGCUGCGUGGGGAUGUUCUGCCUCCUGAACCUGAUGAGCAUGACAGGAGUCUCCUUUGGCUGUGUGGCCAGUGUGCUGGGAUACUGCCUGCUUCCCAUGAUCCUGCUCUCCUCCUUUGCCAUUGUAUUUUCACUGCAGGGCACAAUGGGGAUUAUUCUCGCAGCUGGAAUUAUUGGCUGGUGCAGCUUUUCUGCUUCCAAGAUCUUUAUCUCUGCCUUAGCCAUGGAGGGACAGCAGCUCCUGGUGGCCUAUCCCUGUGCGUUGCUGUACGGAGUCUUCGCCCUCAUCUCGGUGUUCUGAGCAGAC